AUGGCGGGUACAGACUGUGGAGUCAAUUUUGCGGCUGGACUUGCAGUAAGUAUAGUGACGGCAGUGGGACGACAAGCUUGUUACUGUUAUGAAUUCAACAAUCUUGCUACAAAGCUGCGUAAAGAACAAGAAGACUUAAUAUCAAUAAGAGAUGAUGUGCAAAGCCAACUUAACGAAGACAAAGCUAACAAUAAAGAGCCUUCACGAUACACUGAGAGGAAGUUUGAGGAAGCAAAUGAACUCAUAGACAAAGUGAGCAAGCUGAAGGAGGAAGCAGAAGCAAAGAAAAGCUGCUGCGAUGGGGUUUGCCCUAACUGGAUCUGUCGAUGUCUUGUUGGAAAGAAAGCAAAAGAGAAGACGGAAGCAAUGAAGCAGCUCAAUAACGAGUUGAGGCCAAAGCUACCAUUUUCUCGUCAUAAAUCACUCAAGUACGUGUGCCCAUCAGAAGAUUUCAUUCCAUUUAAGUGCACAGAAGACACGCGCAAUGCAAUCUUAAGGGCACUGAAGGAUGAUAAGAAGAUCAGAAUUGGGCUUCAUGGAAUGGGGGGUUGUGGUAAGACUUCCUUGUUAGAAGAAGUGCGUAAGGAAGUGGAAGACCGUAAGCUUUUCAAGACAGCAUUUGCGGUUGUGUCCAGUAAUCCAAGUUACUAUGCUAUUCAACAAAGCAUUGCAGAAUGCAUAGGCUUGACAUUUAAGACGGAGAAAUAUGUGCGUGAUAGAGCUGCAAAAUUGUUAAUGGCGUUUCAAGAGGAUAAGAAAUAUCUUGUAAUCCUGGAUGAUGUGUGGCAAUUUCUUGAUUUCAGAGACAUAGGGAUUCCUGUUCGUGAAAAUUGCAAGGUUCUUCUAAGUACACGUCAGCGACAAAUAUUCGAUAUGAUGAAAUUCGAUGCGCCGAUUGAUCUCUUACUACUAACAAAUGAGGAAGCCUUGGAAUUGUUCAAAACGUAUGCUGGUGAAAUAAAAGACCCAUUCCAAGAAGUGGCUCAACAGAUCACUUACGAAUGUCACAGAUUACCCGUUGCAAUCAAAGCAGUGGCGAGAACUUUGAAAGACAAAGAACUUCAUGCGUGGAAAGAUGGAUUGAGAACAUUGAAAGAUCGUAGACGGCCUCUAAAUAUUGAAAAAGGACUGGAAGAUCCUUAUAGAUGUCUCAAAUAUAGUAUUAAUGAGUUGGACGCAAAAGAGAUAUCACUUGAUUUAUUAUGUGCUCUGUGGCCCAGUGACUCAGAAAUUGCAACUGAAGCUAUGAUUAGAUUUGCAUUUGGGUUGGACAUAUUUCGUGAUAUUCAUUCAUAUGAAACAGCUAGGAACAGAGUGCGUACAGCCAUUGAUAAAUUCAAGGACCACUGUUUAUUAUUCAAGGAGGGACGGUAUGUUAAAUUACAUGACAUGUUUCAUGCUUCAGCUUUGUGGGAAGCGAAGGGAAAAACUCAAGUGAUCACGGGGCCUCGACAGCUUGUAGCCCAGGCAGAUUGUAUGAAAGAUACAAAUAGAUUGUAUUGCCAUGGUGCAGAAGAAUUUCCGGAUCAGUUGUUAUGCCCAGAACUGGAGAUACUAAUUGUGUCCAAUAAUGGUGAAUGCCCAUCAAAAUUCCCAGAUAUGUUUUUCCAACAGUUGAUGAAGUUGAAAGUGCUGGCCAUAAAAAAUGCAUCUAUUCAAACAAAACCAGAUCUAUUGUUACUUCCAUCAAUUGAAGGACUGAAAAUGCUUCGAACUUUUUGCUUGAGAGGAUGCACAUUAAUCAAUAUCUCUAUGUUUGAAAAACUUGAGAUGCUUCACACUAUUGAACUACUGGAUUGCGUAAUGACAGAGCUUCCUAAAGAAUUAGCAAACCUGGAGUCAUUAAAAUUGUUGGAGGUAUCGAACUGCGAAAUAGAAGGCAAUCCUUAUAAGGUGCUUGCCACAUAUUUACGUUUGGAAGAGCUGUAUUUUGUUGAAAAUCAUCUUCCAGAAAUGGUGCCAACUGCUCAGAACAUGGCUGAAUUUUUUCACCAAAUUGGCUCCUUUAAGGACCUACGAAGUUAG